AUGUCGAAGACGCGUCGCAGCGCCAUCGCUCCUGGAGCGGCCACCCCUGGUGCAGCCGCCCCUGGACUCGCCACCCCGCCCCUGGAGCAGCCGCCCCUGGUGCCGCCGCCCCUGGACUUGCGCCGUCGCCCAGGGAGCAGCCGCCCCUGGUGCAGCCGCCCCUGGACCUGCGCCGCCGCCCCUGGAGCAGCCGCCCCUGGUGCAGCCGCCCCUGUACCCGCGACGCCGCCCGUGGAGCAGCCGCCCCUGGUGCAGCCGCCCCUGGACCUGCGCCGCCGCCCCUGGAGCAGCCGCCCCUGGUGCAGCCGCCCCUGUACCCGCGACGCCGCCCGUGGAGCAGCCGCCCCUGGUGCAGCCGCCCCUAGAACCUCCGUCUCUCACCCGCGCCCUCGUGCGCUCUACCCUACCUGCUCCGCGCUGUUGCUCUGCACGCGCGGUUGCCCGCGCCCUCGUGCGCUCUACCCUACCUGCUCCGCGCUGUUGCUCUGCAAGCGUGGUUGCCCGCGCCCUCGUGCGCUCUACCCUACCUGCUCCGCGCUGUUGCUCUGCACGCGCGGUUGCCCGCGCCCUCGUGCGCUCUACCCUACCUGCUCCGCGCUGUUGCUCUGCACGCGCGGUUGCCCGCGCCCUCGUGCGCUCUACCCUACCUGCUCCGCGCUGUUGCUCUGCACGCGCGGUUGCCCGCGCCCUCGUGCGCUCUACCCUACCUGCUCCGCGCUGUUGCUCUGCACGCGCGGUUGCCCGCGCCCUCGUGCGCUCUACCCUACCUGCUCCGCGCUGUUGCUCUGCACGCGCGGUUGCCCGCGCCCUCGUGCGCCCUACCCUACCUGCUCCGCGCUGUUGCUCUGCACGCGCGGUUGCCCGCGCCCUCGUGCGCCCUACCCUACCUGCUCCGCGCUGUUGCUCUGCACGCGCGGUUGCCCGCGCCCUCGUGCGCUCUACCCUACCUGCUCCGCGCUGUUGCUCUGCACGCGCGGUUGCCCGCGCCCUCGUGCGCUCUACCCUACCUGCUCCGCGCUGUUGCUCUGCACGCGCGGUUGCCUGCGCCCUCGUGCGCUCGCUUCCCGCCGCGCGCUCGGGGCGCGCGGCGGUUAUCCCGUCCGUCGAGGCGCCCUCCGGGGGGCCUGCGUGCUGCUCCCUGCCGUCGCAUGGCGCGGCGCCUUCAGGGGGCCCGCCCCUGCUCGUCGCGGCGCCCCCCCCUGGGUGCCACUCCUACUCGUCGCGACGCCCCUGCGGGACCCGCGCGGCGUCGCCCUGCUCGUCGCGACACCUCUGCGGGACCCGCGCGGCGUCGCCCCUACACGACGCGACGCCCCCUGGGCGCCGUCACUGGUCGUCGCGGCGCCUUCCGGGGGCCCGCCUGCUGCUCUCCCCCCGUCGCCCGUCGCUCGCGACACCGCCCCUGCAGCAGCUCGCGACGCCGCCCCUGCAACAGCGCGCGAGCCGCCCCUGCGCCAGCGCCAUCGCUCCUGGAGCGGCCACCCCUGGUGCAGCCGCCCCUGGACUCGCCACCCCGCCCCUGGAGCAGCCGCCCCUGGUGCCGCCGCCCCUGGACUUGCGCCGUCGCCCAGGGAGCAGCCGCCCCUGGUGCAGCCGCCCCUGGACCUGCGCCGCCGCCCCUGGAGCAGCCGCCCCUGGUGCAGCCGCCCCUGUACCCGCGACGCCGCCCGUGGAGCAGCCGCCCCUGGUGCAGCCGCCCCUGGACCUGCGCCGCCGCCCCUGGAGCAGCCGCCCCUGGUGCAGCCGCCCCUGUACCCGCGACGCCGCCCGUGGAGCAGCCGCCCCUGUCGCGCUCAGUCUCACCCGCGCCCUCGUGCGCUCUACCCUACCUGCUCCGCGCUGUUGCUCUGCACGCGCGGUUGCCCGCGCCCUCGUGCGCUCUACCCUACCUGCUCCGCGCUGUUGCUCUGCACGCGCGGUUGCCCGCGCCCUCGUGCGCUCUACCCUACCUGCUCCGCGCUGUUGCUCUGCACGCGCGGUUGCCCGCGCCCUCGUGCGCUCUACCCUACCUGCUCCGCGCUGUUGCUCUGCACGCGCGGUUGCCCGCGCCCUCGUGCGCUCUACCCUACCUGCUCCGCGCUGUUGCUCUGCACGCGCGGUUGCCCGCGCCCUCGUGCGCUCUACCCUACCUGCUCCGCGCUGUUGCUCUGCACGCGCGGUUGCCCGCGCCCUUGUGCGCCCUACCCUACCUGCUCCGCGCUGUUGCUCUGCACGCGCGGUUGCCCGCGCCCUCGUGCGCCCUACCCUACCUGCUCCGCGCUGUUGCUCUGCACGCGCGGUUGCCCGCGCCCUCGUGCGCUCUACCCUACCUGCUCCGCGCUGUUGCUCUGCACGCGCGUGUAG